CAGGUGCUAUCCGUGUAUACAGCAGCUCAAGACUGACUGCCAUCGUGAGCUUUUCCGAAUUUUGAUUAUCCGACUCAUUCAUUUGUGGAAGCGCUUAUUGAUUGCCUGACUGCAUUUUUUAAUUUUCCCUGGUAGUUGCAUUACCUCCUGUUAUAAACAAUAAUGGCCGCGACAGGUGUUAGCUUGCAGUCGUUGUAUAAUUCUGCCCCGGCUGAAAUGCCUCAAGUGGAUCCACAGGUGUUUGUUGGCAGCAAAAUCAGCAUCAUCUCGAAUUCCAAUAUCCGCUACGAGGGUAUUUUGUAUGCUUAUAACGAGCAGAAUGCGACGAUUUCCCUGCAGAACGUGCGCUCUUUCGGAAGCGAGGACCGUCUUCCCCUUGAGAAAGCCGUGCAGCCCCCCAAAGACUUGUUCGAAUACAUCAUUUUCCGCGUCACGGACAUAAAAGAUUUGGAAGUCUCCGAGCCACCAAAGGUCGACAUGCCGCCACGUCCCCGCACCCGAAACAACUCUAACCCUGCCUGCGAUCCGGCGAUCGUGAAGUCUGCUGUUGCGAGUUCUGCGUCGGGUUCGGGAGGGGGAAUGAUGCAGAGUGCUGCUGCGCAUGGAAUGAGCAACAAUGGGCCGGCGUGGCGUUUUGCGCCCAGUUACGCGUCUGGCGGCGCGGGUCAUCCAGGCACCGGUGGCAACCGGCAGCUGCAGCAGCAAGGUGGGCGAGGCCGACGUGGACGUAUGCGCCGCGGCCGGGGAUGGGGCAGUCGCGGACCCAGCAUGAAUAUGCAGGGCAUGCUUGGUGGCGCAGGAGUGGGCCUCGGGGCUGGGCCCGGUGUGCGCCCUGGAAUGAUUAACCCGGCACAGCACGUGAAAUUGUUGAAAGAGUACCAGAAUGUGGUGCCGCCAGUUUCCGGAUCAGCUGCAGAACCGCUAGAUACGAAUCUGGAUCUGGAAUCAUUCUCAACCAUGGCUCAGAAGUUCGAAAUUAUGGACAAAACUGGACAGGCUGGCUUGAGCGUUGGAAAUUUGCUCGCCGGUUCCAUUGCGGAAUCUAAUGCCACUGGCGGGAAUACUGCGGUGCCUGUUCCCGAAACGGAUCCCAAGAAGUAUUAUAAUCCGGAUGAUAACUUCUUCGAUAAGAUUAGCUGCGAAGCUCUGGAUCCAAAUCAAGGUGUGCAGCCACGCAACUGGCGCCGUGAAAACCAGUUGAACAAUAAUACUUUUGGCCGUCCACCGCGCUUUAACGCCGGCAACAGUUGGAAUAUGGCUGGCAACAACUGGAAUGCAGGAGGUCGUGGUCCCGGAGGCAAUUUCGGAUACGGAGGACAGGGUCGCGGCGGGAAUCGCCGCGGUGGUGGACGUGGGCAGGGCCGUGCCGGCAUGCGGAAUAACAACCGCGGACAAUGGAAUAAUCAGCAGCAGAGCCAAUGGAAUGGCCAGUCGGGACAGUGGAAUACUCAGCCGCAGGGUCAACGCCGACAAGGCGGAUGGGGCGGCAGUACUAGCUGGAAUCAAGGCCGCAGCAACGCCGGAUGGAACGAUGGGAACACCAGCGGUCGUCAAAUGCAACGAGGUGGCUGGAACCAGAGCGGACAGCCUGGAACGAUGAAUAACUGGACACACGGACCAGUGCCGCAGCAAAUGCAGAUCCAGUCGCAGCCAACCGCCGGCACUCAGCAACAGCCGCCGCUGCGCGGCCGCGGACGCCGUGGAGGAAUGGGCGCUGGACGGCAGUGGGUGGGCAGCAUACUGCCACCGGCGGCCAAAGAAGUGCUGCAGCAGCAGCUGACCCAACAGCAUGUGGUGGCCCUGGGUGAGCCUCGAGGCGAAUUGCCGACGGAUGGAAAAUUGGCCAUGGUCGAGUGGACCUUCCCGGUCGAUAUCGGCAGCGCUGCGGCCGAUCUGCAAGCUACCCGGGAUGCAGCGGGAUCGUCCAACAAGGAGAACAGCGACUACGAUAUCAUUGGUGCGACUUCUCCUGAUCAAGCGGAACGUUGAAUUUUAUUUGCAAUCAUAUCAUUUUGAAAUGUUUUUCCUCUUGGUUGAUGUUUAGCUGUUUUCUCGUUUGUCCCAUUUGACCCGUUUAUCCCAAUGCGUAUUUCCAUUAGAUCAUAACUGUUGUGCGCGCCGAAGAUCGUUACGAUGCUUUCAUUGGUUCCCGGUUUUUACAUAGUGCAUAAGCAAUGGCAGCGACUGUCUUUCUAACAUAAUUUUAUUUCCAUGAAUGUUGAACUUCAUGCUUGUUGAAAAGCUGGUUUAUCCCGGAGUUGUAAAUUGUAAGUCCAAAUAAACUGUUUGCAUGGA